UGCCCAGCGCGCGGGAGGGCAGGCCACGGCGGCACGCAGGGAGCGCGGGAAAUCUAGAUCUGCGCCGCUGCGGAGCAUGGGCCUGGAGCGCGAGCUCCGUGAGCUGAGCAAAGCCAAGGCCAAGACUCAAAGGGACGGACAACCGCGGGAGGAGGCUGCCCUCUGCCACCAGCUGGGCGAGCUUUUGGCCAGCCAUGGCCGCUACGCAGAGGCCCUGCAGGAGCAUCAGCAAGAGCUGCAGCUCCUGGAGAGCGCAGGAGACCCUCUGGGCUGCGCGGUGGCCCACCGCAAGAUCGGAGAGCGGCUGGCUGAGAUGGAGGACUACUCUGCUGCCCUGAAGCACCAGCACCAUUACCUAGACCUGGCCCAGUCCCUGUCCAACUACACCGAGCUGCAAAGGGCCUGGGCCACCAUCGGCCGCACUCACCUGGACAUCUAUGACCACCGCCAGUCCCAGGAUGCUUUGCUGCAGGCGCAGGCUGCUUUUGAGAAGAGCUUGGCAAUUGUGGAAGAGAAGCUGGAAGGAACAUUGGCCUCACGAGAGCUGAGUGAGAUGAGGACCCGACUCUAUCUCAACCUGGGCCUUACGUUUGAGAGCCUGCAGCAGGCAGACCUGUGUAGCGAAUUCUUCAAGAAGAGCAUCUUUCUCGCUGAACAGAAUCAUCUUUACGAGGACUUGUUCCGAGCUCGUUACAACUUGGGUGCCAUCCAUUGGCGUAGAGGGCAGCACUCCCAGGCCAUGCGCUGCCUGGAGGGGGCCCGGGAGUGUGCAAGAGCCCUGAGGAAAGACAGCUUGGAGAGCGAGUGCUGCCUCCUCCUUGCACAGGUGCUUCAAGACUUGGGCGACUUUUUGGCUGCCAAGAGAGUCCUGAAGAAGGCUUACAGGUUGGGCUCCCGGAAUCCUUCGCAGAAAGUGGCAGUCAGCUGGGCCCUCAAGCACGUGUUGGCUGUGGUCCAGCUGCAGCAGCGAUUGGAAGAACCUGAAGGCAGGGAUCCUCAGGGUGCCAUGGGCAUCUGUGAGCAGCUGGGAGACCUGUUCUCCAAGGCUGGUGACUUCCCCAAGGCGGUGGAGGCGUACCGGCAGCAGCUGCACUUUGCGGAACUACUGGACAGACCUGGACCCGAGCUGGCUAUCAUCCAUGUGUCACUGGCCACCACCCUGGGAGAUAUGAAGGACCAUCAUGGGGCUGUGCACCACUAUGAGGAGGAACUACGGCUUCGUGCAGGCAACGCCGUGGAGGAGGCCAAGACCUGGUUGAACAUUGCACUGUCCCGAGAAGAGGCUGGUGAUGCUUAUGAGCUGCUGGCACCAUGCUUCCAGAAGGCUCUCAGCUGUGCCCAGCAGGCUCAGCGGCCCCAACUGCAGAGGCAGAUUCUGCAGCACCUCCACACCGUGCAGCUGCACCUGCAUCCCCAAGAGGCUGCCAGCACUGAAGCUAAACUGCAGGAGCUGAGCCGGUCUGGGGAAGAGGAGGAGGAAGAGGAAGAAGAGGAGGCGGAAAAGGAAGGGGAUGCUGAUGUGCUGGAACCCAGUGAAGUGGAACUCUCAGAGAGUGAAGAAGAAGCCAAUGGCUGGUCCCCACAGCGGGACGAGGAGGAGCCUCGGGGACCCAGACGGAAGGUGGACAGGUGGAACCGCCGCAAUGAUGUGGGAGAGACCCUGCUGCACCGUGCCUGUAUUGAGGGCCAGCUGGGCCGCGUCCAGGAUCUCGUGAGGCAGGGCCACCCUCUGAACCCUCGGGACCACUGUGGCUGGACACCCCUGCAUGAGGCCUGCAACUACGGGCAUCUGGAGAUAGUGCACUUCCUGCUGGACCAUGGGGCCUCGGUGGAUGACCCAGGGGGCCAGGGCUGUGAGGGCAUCACACCUCUGCACGACGCCCUCAACUGUGGCCACUUUGAGGUGGCUGAGCUGCUUAUCAAGCGAGGGGCGUCAGUCACACUCCGAACCAAGAAGGGCCUAAGCCCGCUGGAGACGCUGCAGCAGUGGGUGCAGCUGUACCGCAAGGAUCUGGACUAUGACACCCAGGCGAAGGCGAGGGCCAUGGAGAGGCUGCUUAGGGCAACUUCCUCGGACCCAGGUCCCAGCUCCCUGAAUGCCCAGACCUUCCCGAGUAACCAUCUGUUUGACUCAGAGACUUCGCCUCCCUCAAGCCCCUGCCCAGUCCGGCCAGGAGCUUCCCAGGCCUGUGCCAGGGCCUCGUGGGAGCAGGUGGCAGGAGCUCCCCCCAGGCCUCGGAGGAGCUGGCAGGAGCUGGUGGGCAGCAGUAGCUCAGAAGGCGAGGACAACACUGACCCGCCCCGGCCAGCCCAGAAGAGGCACAGGACCUCAGCACAGCAGGCCAAAGCCCAGAAACCCAGCCCCACGGGUAACAGAGAGUUAGCUGUAGUGGGUGCAGGCCGAGCAGCCUAUGUGGCAGCCAUCAGAGGCGUGGGCAGUGCCCAGAACUGUCAGCUGGGGUCCAGUCCUCUGUGGAGCCCAGGUGAGGCUCCCACCCCACCAGCAGCACUGAUCCCCGAAGAAGAGUUUCUGACUGGGGACUGGCUGGAGGAGGACUCACUGUUGACCCACAGUCACUGGAGCAGCCACCCAGCCCGCCCCCAAGACAGCAGGGAGCGCAACAGGCAUAGUGACUCUGGAUCCUGCAGCACCAAGAACCCUGCCAGGUCACAGGCCCGGGCCAAGCAGAGCCGGCUCACCCACUUCCAAAUUCGGCGUUCCCGGGCCAUAGCUAACAGAAACUGCAGCUCAUCCAAGAAUCCCCCAGGGAGCCCCAAUGUUCCCAGGACCUUAGAGCGUGGCAGGGAGGAGCCCGCAGCAGCCCAGCCCAUGGAGGAUGCAGGAGCUUGGAGCAGAGGCUCAGAGCCACGGGGCAGGGCAGACACCAUCCUUCCAGACUCAGCCAGUCCAGCCCUCCCCUCUCCCACCUGCCAGGGUCUGCUUCCACCCCCGCCCCCACCUAUCCGUGUUCGAGUUCGCUUUCAGGAUAAUCUUUUCCUCAUCCCUGUGCCGCACAGCAGCGAGGCCCGCUCUGUGGGCUGGCUGGCAGAGCAAGCUGCCCAGCGCUACUACCAAGCCUGUGGGCUGCUGCCACACCUCUCCCUGCGCAAAGAGGGUGCCCUACUGGCACCCCAGGACCCCAUCCCUGAUGUGUUGCAGAGUAACGAGGAGGUGCUGGCAGAGGUGACAUCAUGGAAUCUGCCACCCCUGGCCGAGCGCUACCGCAGGGCCUGUCAGAGCUUGGAUCAAGGAACACACCAGCAGGUGCUGCAGGCUAUGGAGCGCCAGGGCUCUGGCCCCUCAUUCAGCACCUGCUCCCUGGCCUUACGCCAGGCCCAGCUCACCCCCCUGCUUCGUGCCCUCAAGAUGCACACAGCCCUCCGGGAAUUACGCCUUGCAGGGAACCGGCUGGGGGACACAUGUGUCCUUGAGCUGCUGGCCACACUGUGCACUAUGCCCAGCCUGGUCCUGCUCGACCUCUCCUCUAAUCACCUGGGCCCCGAGGGCCUGCACCAGCUUGCAGAGGGCCUCCUGGGGCAAACUUCCUCAAAGAACCUGGAGGAGCUGGACCUGAGCAUGAACCCACUGGGAGAUGGUUGUGGCCUGGGCUUGGCCUCCAUCCUACGGGCUUGCCCCUCUCUCAGCACGUUGCACCUCCAGGCUUGUGGCUUUGGCCCCAGCUUCUUCCUAAGCCAUCAGGCUGCCCUGGAUAGUGCUUUCCAAGAUGCCAAGCACCUGAAGACACUCUCCCUAUCCUACAAUGCCCUGGGUACUGCCACCCUGGCCCGGGCCCUACGGAGCCUGCCCUCCAGCACCCUUCUGCAUCUGGAGCUCAGCUCUGUAUCAACUGGCAAGAGCGACUCGGGUCUUGUGGAGCCUGUGGUCAGAUACCUAAGCAAGGAAGGAUGUGCCCUGACACACCUGAGCCUGUCUGCAGACAACCUGGACAACGAGGCCAUAACAGAGCUAAGCAGAUGUCUCUCUGUCUGCCCCUCUCUUGUGUCACUGGACCUGUCUGCCAACCCUGAAAUUGACCGGACUGGCCUGGAGCAGCUCCUCUCUGCUCUCCAGGGGCGGCCUCAUGGCCUCUGCUUUCUGGACCUGUCAGGCUGUGCUGUCCAAGGCCCCCUGGGUCCCGGCCUCUGGGAUCAGAUCGCCUUCCGGCUGCAGGAGCUGCACCUAUGCAGCCGACACCUCUCCGCUCAGGACAGCGACGAACUGCGCCGACUGCUGCCUGACCCCGGCACAAGCGCGCUGGAUCGCGCCCCCAAGCUCUUCUUUCGGCGCCUAUGAGCUCUGCUCCACACCCCUUGAAACAAAUAAACGGCCGUGGCCACGCCUGCA